AUGAUAGGGAUUGCUCAUUCUGUCUACACCAAUGCAGGUGUAAAGAGGGAAAAGACCAUUGAGCGGGAAGAAGGUGAUCCAUUUGUGGUGAGACAAGGUUGGGCAAGUCAUGCUCACUGGUCUUAUAGCACGACCACGGCGGGACACCUGCUCCACCGGUAUCGCUAUCUUAUGGGAGAGAAUGUGGCACUCACCUGGCAAAUCAACGGUAAAUCGUGCUAG